UUGACAUCGCCUCUCAACUAACGUAUUCUUUGGAGUCACAAUGAAUUUCUCAAGAGCUCUGUUUUACGUUUUCGCCGUGUUUUUGGUGUGUGCGAGCGUUAUGGCCGCUCCGGAACCGAGAUGGAAGAUUUUCAAGAAAAUCGAAAAAGUGGGUCAGAACAUUCGUGAUGGGAUAAUCAAGGCUGGACCAGCUGUUGCGGUGGUGGGGCAGGCGGCGACCAUCGCUCACGGGAAAUAAAAAGAAAAAAGACAAUAAGAAAAAAAAAAACAAUUUGA